GUACUACCCCACUAAAUCAUCUCCGGUUUCUUGCUCAUAUCUUUACCGCCAAUAUGGGGUCCGAUCCGCAGUACAUAAAGUACCCCGAUCUCGUUCUCGCCCAACAUGUCUUCAACAUCUCCAACCCAGCAUGCCCCCAAACGGUGCGACAGACAUCACUAAAGAAAAUUCAAGAUGCCAUCACAGAGCGAAAAAUGGCCCCAUUCUACCGCCAUCUUGCUCAUCCCGUUGAAGGUAUCCUGAAUAACUCUGGCGAGGGAGUUGCGCAGCACUCAGCCAAGUCCGCGAUUACGUCGAACCUGCUUGCCUCCCGGAAGUCAUCCCAGAAAAUCGACUUCCCAUGGGACGAAUCCCUGUACCAGUCGUUGGUUGAAGAUAACCGGAAAGAGCUGGAGGGUUUCCAGAAAGAGGAGGAUGAGGCAGAAGAAGCAGCCGGAGAGACUGAGGUGCUCGCCGCACGGGGUAAACGUGCUGAAUUCUGGGCACGGGUGGGAGAUAAGGACAAAGCUAUCGAGUCUCAUGAAACCCUCCUCGAGAAAACGACAUUCCUUGGUACCAAGAUUGAUUUGAUGCUCGCUAUGAUCCGCAUCGGCCUCUUCUUCGGAGAUGCCUUGUCUGUUAAGAAGAACAUCGAAAGAGCUAACACCCUCAUUGAGAGCGGUGGUGACUGGGAUCGGCGGAAUCGUUUGAAGGCAUACAAGGGUCUACACCUACUCACCAUCCGUUCCUACAACGAAGCUGCGCCUCUUCUGCUUGACAGUCUGUCCACUUUCACCAGCUAUGAACUCUGCAGUUACUCUGCUUUAGUCAUUUACUCAGUCUUAGCUGGCUCUCAUUCACUGAAACGAGUCGACUUCAAGGCUAAGGUUGUGGACGCACCCGAGAUCAAGGCUAUCCUUGGAUCUGGUGAAGAUCGAUUGGCCGCUCUGACCGGUGAAACAUCAGCCGGGCCCGGCGCUCAAGAUGAAGAGAUGAAGGACGCUACAGUUUCGCGGGUCACCCCGGGUACCGCCACGACCGCAGUCAACCUGACUGCCUUGGGUGGCGGCUCUGGUGUCCAAGCGGAGGCGGAAACCCCUGUCGACUUCACGCCUCUUGCUCACCUGGUUGACAGUCUUUACACCGGCAACUACCGGUCCUUCUUCGUGUCUCUGGCGGCGGUGGAAGACAACUUCCUUACUCAGGAUCGUUACCUCUACGAACACCGCGCCUGGUUUGUGAGGGAAAUGAGACUGCGUGCAUACCAACAGCUUCUUCAAAGCUAUCGCGUUGUUGGGCUGAACAGCAUGGCGAGCGACUUCGGUGUGACGGUAGACUUCUUGGAUCGGGAUCUUGCCAAGUUCAUCGCCAGCAACCGCAUCGCAUGCACCAUUGACCGGGUCAAUGGUAUCAUUGAAACGAACCGACCGGAUGACAAGAACAAACAGUACGCGGAUGUGGUCAAGCACGGUGAUGCCCUGAUCACGAAGCUGCAGAAGUAUGGCCAGGCCGUGCGUUUGAGGGGUAGUGAACGCAGCUAAAUCGUAGAUAUGGCUUUGUCAAUCGCCAUGUGGUUCAUGAUUAUGUAGAUGAGAGGUUCCAGUGAUUUAUCUAUAUCAUCUCUUUUACCAACUUGACCCAGCUUUACCAUCCAGCCAUGUUAGAUCCAGCCAUGUUAGAGCCAAAACAAGCGAGGCUGCUGUAUCAUAAUUCUAAUGACGCGAGAGAAAAUGACCU